UAUAAAACAUGCUUUACUUGAUAAUCAUUUGGUUGGUAGAAUUGCAAUCAACGUAAUUGGGAGGUUGCUAAUUUUGGUAGAAAAUCUUCACCUAUUCAUGUUUAAGAGUUGCAACCAUUGCCUCCCAAUGAGGCAUGGGAGCUUUUCUGCAAAAGGGGGUUCCAAUUUGAUUUUGGAGGACAUUGUCCCCAAGUGUUGGAGAAAUUGUCUCAUGAGCUUGUGGAAAAGUGUGAAGGAUUACCAUUAGCAAUUGUUGCUAUAGGUGGUCUUUUGUCAACCAAAGACAAAACUAUCUUGGAAUGGCAAAACUUGCAAAAUAGCCUUGGCAUUGAGUUGCAAAGAAAUCCACAUCUUUCACCUGUCAACAAAAUUCUAUCCCUAAGUUUUGAAGACCUACCAUACAACCUUAAGUCUUGCUUCUUAUAUCUUGGUAUGUAUCCAGAGGACUACUAUAUUAAUUGCAUAAAGUUGAUUCGACAAUGGAUAGCUGAAGGCUUUGUGAAAGAAAUUGAGGGUAAAACAUUAGAAGAGGUUGGACGAGAAUAUUUGACUGAACUAAUCCAUAGAAGCUUGGUUCAAGUAACAAGGGUUGACUUUGAUGGAAAAGUUAGACUAUGCCGACUCCAUGAUCUCUUCCGUGAGAUCGUCCUCCAAAAGAUGAAGGGUUUGAGUUUUGUUCAUGUUUUAUCAAAACAAGAGUCCAAGUUUGAGGGACUAACUCGUCGUAUGGCUGUAAAUAGAGUUUCAUACAGUGUAUUGAAGCUAUUUAAGGACACACAUUUUUCACUUUUAUUGUUCAAUCUUGAUGAAUUGCCAAAGUCAUUUAUGCAUGAAUUUUUUGCUAAUUUCAAACUUUUGAAAGUAAUGGAUUUUGAGGAUGCUCCAUUGGAUUUCAUUCCAGAAGAUGUGGGAAGCUUAUUUCACUUAAGGUAUUUAAGUUUGAGAAAUACCAAAGUAAAAUUGCUUCCAAAAUCCAUAGGAAAGUUGCAAAAUCUAGAGACUCUAGAUCUGAAGCAAUCCCAUGUUUAUGAAAUACCAGUUGAGAUCAACAAUCUUCGUAAGUUGCGACAUUUCAUAGCCUACAAUCGUGACUUCAAAAUAGACUUCAGUUUGACUCAAGAAAAAGGUGUAAAGUUACAAAAGGGUAUUGGGUGCUUAAAGGACUUGCAAAAAUUGUAUCAUAUGGAGGCGAAUCAUGAAGGGGCAAUUGAUCUUACUACUGAGUUGGAAAGCUUGAGACAAUUGAGGAAGCUAGGCAUGAAAAAUCUUACAAGAGAAAUCGAAAGGGCUUUGUGUGCCUCUAUUGAAAAGAUGAACCACCUUGAAUCUCUAGAUGUAACCUCAAUAAGCAAAGACGAGAUAUUAGAUUUGCAAUCUAUUUCAUCUCCACCUCAAUUUCUCCAACGCCUCUAAAUACAGGGGCGAUUGGACCAGUUACCUAACUGGAUUCCAAAACUUCAACAUCUAAGUAGAUUACUAAUUUGUUGGUCAAGGUUGAGUGAUGAUCCUAUGAAAGCCUUCCAAAAUCUGCCAAAUUUAUUGGAGCUCAGAAUCUUUAAUCAGUCAUACAAUGGAGAGCAAUUGCAAUUUGAGAUAGGAGGGUUUCCAAAACUCAGAUUACUAUGGCUUAGGCACUUGGAUAAGUUGAAUUCAUUGAUUAUAAACGAAGGAGCAUUGCCCCUUCUUGAAAAGCUUCUGAUUGGGCCCAGUCCGCAGUUGAAGGAAGUACCCUCUGGAAUCAAACAUGUAAGAAGCCUCAAAAGCAUUGAAUUUUGGGAUAUGCCCAAAGAAUUUGAAGAAAGUUUGGAUCCUGAGUAAGGAUCAUGUCAUUGGAUCAUAGAGCAUGUACCAAUCGUUUAUCUCUGUCACGUGGUUGGCAAAGGAUAUUAUGACUUUGACACUCGCAUUCUCCAUUCCAAGCACUUGGAGAGGUCAAGAGGGCUAACAAUAAACCAUAUUGAUAAUCACAAAGACAAUAAUAGCAACAAUAUCAAUGCUUCCGUCGAGCAAGGACAAUAAUGCUCAGCUCUGAUGCCACUGGAAGACUUGCACAGAAAAACCAAUUGUUUUGUUGGUACAAUUAAUCAGCAAAAUGGGACAUCUCAAUUGGUUUUAUGUUGUGCUAAUUAUGUCGUUGUUUCAUAAUCAAUGGUAGCACUACUAGUCUAGAUGGACAAGGUGCUGCUUUUAUGUGUUGUACAAUGUUUAUGAUUCACUAUAAUUUGUUUCAUAUGCUGAAUUAUUCAAGAAAAGUAUUUGUGGUGUGUAUAUCCAGUAAUGCCAUAAUGAAAU